AUGGCGCGCUACGCCCGUGUCGCUACUUUGGCCGCGUGUCUCAUAUUCGCCAGCGCGGUUGCUGAUGGGCACCGUUGGCGGCGGCAAGCUGAUGACGCGCCCAAGAAAGAUGAAAGCCUGGAGCAAGAGCUAUGCAAGGACAAGGACGCUGGCGAGUGGUUCCGGCUAAUAGCCGGCGAGGGCGACAACUGUCGCGACGUCAUCCAGUGUACUGCCUCGGGUAUUCAAGCUAUCCGUUGUCCAGCUGGUUUGUAUUUCGACAUUGAGAAACAGACUUGUGAUUGGAAAGAUGCAGUCAAAAACUGCAAAGUGAAGAAUAAAGAGCGCAAGGUUAAACCACUUCUGUACACUGAGGAGCCUCUAUGUCCAGAUGGUCAGUUAGCGUGUGGAGACUCUACUUGUGUUGAACGGGGACUUUUCUGUAACGGCGAAAAAGAUUGCCCCGAUGGAUCUGAUGAGAACUCUUGUGAUAUUGACAACGAUCCCAAUAGGGCACCACCAUGUGAUGCCUCGCAAUGUGUUCUACCAGAUUGCUUCUGUUCUGAAGAUGGAACUAUUAUUCCUGGAGACCUUCCCGCACGUGAUGUACCACAAAUGAUUACUAUCACUUUUGAUGAUGCUAUAAACAACAACAACAUAGAGCUUUACAAGGAAAUAUUUAAUGGAAAACGUAAAAAUCCAAAUGGUUGUGAUAUCAAGGCAACAUUCUUUGUUUCACAUAAAUAUACAAACUAUUCUGCUGUUCAUGAAACUCACAGAAAAGGGCACGAAAUAGCAGUACACUCAAUCACACACAAUGACGACGAGCGCUUUUGGAGUAACGCAACUGUUGAUGACUGGGGAAAAGAAAUGGCUGGCAUGCGAGUCAUCAUUGAAAAGUUCGCUAACAUUACAGACAACAGUGUUGUAGGCGUCCGUGCCCCAUACUUGCGCGUCGGUGGCAAUAACCAAUUCACCAUGAUGGAAGAGCAAGCUUUCUUAUAUGAUAGUACCAUUACUGCGCCACUCUCCAAUCCCCCAUUAUGGCCUUACACGAUGUAUUUCCGCAUGCCGCAUCGCUGUCAUGGUAAUUUGCAAAGUUGCCCGACCAGAAGCCAUGCUGUAUGGGAAAUGGUAAUGAAUGAGCUUGACCGCCGUGAAGACCCCAACAAUGACGAAUAUCUGCCUGGUUGCGCUAUGGUUGAUUCUUGCUCCAAUAUCCUUACUGGAGAUCAAUUUUACAAUUUCCUUAAUCAUAAUUUCGACAGACAUUAUGAUCAAAACAGGGCCCCGUUGGGUCUUUACUUCCACGCUGCGUGGUUAAGAAACAAUCCUGAAUUCUUAGAGGCUUUCUUGUACUGGGUAGAUGAAAUUCUUCAAAGUCACAAUGACGUAUACUUCGUAACAAUGACUCAAGUUAUUCAAUGGAUCCAGAACCCACGUACGAUCACCGAAGCCAAGAACUUCGAGCCCUGGAGGGAAAAGUGCGCGGUCGAAGGCAUUCCCGCAUGUUGGGUGCCACACUCCUGCAAGCUUACAUCAAAGGAGGUUCCCGGAGAAACCAUCAACUUACAAACGUGCGUUAGAUGCCCUGUCAACUACCCAUGGCUCAAUGACCCCACGGGUGAUGGACGUUAU